AGUGGCGCAUGUAUCUUUGUGAAAGACGGACGGCUGAUGGAGACAUUUUAAAAUAAACACACAGGUCUUUGCUAACGGCUAACAGGCGCACUGCGCCAAAAACGCGUUCAAAUUCUUCCAAGUUGCAAAAAAGUAAAGUAUAAUCCGCAGUGCACUUUUUAUGCAUCGUAAAUCAAAGAGGCUACAGAUUACCGAAGAUGAUGAAAACUGUGACACUGGGAGAAGAAGAAUAUAAGUAACGCCGCGCAGGUGAGCUCCUGUCCAGGCACAUUGGUCCAUGUUUGUUGGACCUUUGGGCUCUGGGCUCAACUAGCAUGAAGAUGGCUGACUCAGACAAGGCAGAGGAAUUUGUGGAUGCUGAGUGCCCCCCAGAGUGCCUUGAUGAAGCACAAUCAGCCACAGGCUGUGUUCAGGGAGAGCAGGAUGAGCAUCUGAAGACAGAGACCACCACCAGUACCAGCUCACCGCCAAGAGAAAAGGAGGGAGACAGCCCCCUGAACACAGAGGGUGAGCAGAGUCUCCUCUCAAUGCCAUGCCUGAUGAAGGAGCUCCGCAGAGACUCCCCAGAGUCCCAGCAUGCCUCUACAGGGAGUGACAAACCUGUAUCUCAUCAUAUCUAUGAGAGUGACUCCUCAAACCCCUGCAUGCUCUCCCCCUCGUCCAGUGGCCACCUUGCUGACUCAGACACACUCUCCUCAGGGGAAGAAGGUGCCGCUCCUCCUGCAGGAAAAGAAGAAGAGGACAACAUGGAAGCUGCAAAUGAUCCUGGUCAGGCAGCAGGAAUACAAUCAUCUGCCACAGCUACAGGGGGGAGAAAGUCACGGCGGUCACGAUCCGAGAGCGAGAUGCCACCUAAUGCAAUGGCUGCAAAGAAAAAUCGCUGCCAGCCCAGCUCAGUGGUGGCAGCAGCGGGCGGGCAGGAAAAACAAACCAAUGGCAAGCUGGCAAAAGGGAAAGGUCACCGGAGCCAGAAACACAAGGAGCGGAUGCGUUUGCUGAGGCAAAAACGGGAGGCGGCAGCACGGAAGAAGUAUAACCUGCUGCAGGACAGCAGUACGAGUGACAGCGAGCUCACUUGUGACUCCAGCACCAGCUCCUCUGAGGAUGAGGAUGAUGACACUUCAGGAGGUAGCAAGACAAUCAAGACAGAUAUUUCAGACGGGCUUCCAGUAGUGGGUCACUAUGAUAUUUCAGACACUGAUUCUAACCAGGAGAGUAUGAGUGUGGAGACAGUCCGGCCCACGGUGAUAAAGCAUGAGCUUAAAACACACAGAGGCCAAGAUAUGGCAUCUUACUCUGGGUGUAUAAGAGCUCUGUGCUCUAUCUCAGGCCACGCGGAGGCAGAGCUGUCGCACAAAGAAAGUUCUCAAUGCAACAAGGGCCAGAUUAACAUUGCUUCCUCUGACAGCGAGGUGGAAAUAGUCGGAGUGCAGGAGAAAGCACGAUGCACCCACCCAUGCGGAGGGGUGAUAAAGAGCCUGUCCACCUGGAAGGAGAACUCAGUGGAGCAGUUAAACAGCACAAAUCAACCACAGCUCUGGACUACUGUUUCCCCUCAGUCCAACUGGGUGUCCCCUCCUGAAGUGGUGGACCUCACACUGGACGAGGACACCGGACACAAAUACCUACUUUAAACCACCCGUACACUGAAGACUCCUUAUUUCUCCCUCUCACUCGUCCUCAUCCCUCUUGCCUUGCCUCUAUGUUACGGCUGAAAUCCUUCCUAUAGUUGCGGCCUCGCCUGUAACCGCUCGUGGACUUCCUGCUCCAGAGUACCGUUUGUUUUUUGACUUACUGUUAAACAAUCAUGUAUCAAAGCCAUUCUACUGACGUGAUUCCCUGAUCUUGGCUUGUCGGCUCUGAAUUUAGUUGUAAUAAAACGGCACAGCACUUCAAGUGCAGGUGGAAAUGUACGUAAGAGUGAUUUAUCUGUUAACGAUAGCAAUAUCCUACCUUCAUUUAAUACCUCAGUUACCCCUUGAUAACGGAUGUAGGUUGUCAUUUUGUGUUGUGUGCUUGCAAGCUGUACAGUGAAAACUUCAAGUUGCUGCUUGAGAGCAGGUCGAUAUCAUGACGUGGCUGUUGACCUUCUUCACUACACACUCUGAAUGGCUUAUUUUCAGAUUCAGCAUUUUUAUCUGGAGUCAUCUGUGGUCAAGGCAUGAACGGCAGCUGGUACACUUUCUGUUGUACAGUAGACCACAAAGUUUGCUUUGUGCCGGUCUAGGGUCAAUUAUAAUUUCAGAAGUCUCACCACUGGUUUCACAUUUUAUAUCAAUCUGCAUUGAUAGCUUUGCUUCACUAAACUCUGUCCUGCAUAGGUCCAGCCUAUGAUUUGGUGCUGUCAGGGAGAGUUUCUGUGUAUUUUAAAGGAAUAGUUUGAACAUUUGGGAAAUACGCUUAUUCACUUUUUUCUUGCAGAGAGUUAGACGAGAUGACGAGACCACUUUUGUAUACGUCUUUAAAAAACAGUGCUGCAGCCAGAAGGUGGUUGGCUUAGCUUGGCACAAAGACUGCAAACGGGAAACACCUAGCUUGGCACUGUCCAAAGAUAAGAAAAUUCACCUACCAGCAGUUUUAAAGCUCUCUAAUUGACCCAUUGUGUGUUGUUUGUUUAAUCCACACAAAAAACAAUUGGCCAAUCCAAAGUCCUGCCCCCCUGAGUGACUGUUGUAAGGCUGGACAAGCUUGACAAAAAGAAACAAGGCCAUGCUAGUUCUAUUUAGCUGGGUGCAGCAAUGUGUGUUAGUUUCUGGGCCUGAAGUAUAAUAGCUUCAAGAACUCUACAGCAAAGAAUACAGUACUUAUCUGGUAGGGAUGAGUUCAAAUUAUUCAGAGAUAAUAUAAAGAAAGGAAUUUGGACCAUAGUCUUUUCUGGAUAAUUCAUGUCAUCUUAAAAAUGUCUUUCCCAAAUCUUUUCACCACAGAAAUAAGUUUACUGAAGUUCUGCUGGCUGAGUUUUCUUAACUGUUAUUGGCACCCCGAACAAAAAGGGAUGGGUUUUAGGAUUAGCUCUUUUGGGGGUGUUAUGUGCCUGAUAAUUUUAGAGCAAGAAUAACCGUUUCCCUGUCUACAGACUUGUUACUAAGCUAAACUAACUGGCUGCUAGUCGUAGCUUCAUAUUUAGCUUCUCAUCUUGCAUUAACUCUUCACCACAAAGAGAAUAACCAUAUUUCACAAAAUAUCCUUUGAUUUAAAUCCACAGCUUUUGUUUCUGUUACUACCCUUUUAUAACAUUAACAUAAUACCACUGGUUAAACUCAGACUCUGAAGGAAAAGGAAAAACACUACAAAAUGCAGCUCAUUUCCUCCACAGCAUUUCUAUACAUGGUGGUGUUUUGGCAAUAGAAAUUCUGUAUCUUUUGUUUUCAGACAUAUUUCAUGUUGGAAGCCACAGAGUCUGCUGUGUUGCUACAGAGUCUGAGAGUGUCCCAGGUGACGUAGUUAUCAGUGAAUGUAUGAGCCUGCUGUGCUGACUGGGUGCACUUAUUGUUUGCAUGCUUAUCCUGAGUGGAUGCAAACACCUUUAAACCUCUGGGGACCCCUUUAUAACAACUGAAGAAAUGUAUCUUCCAUUGAAUACUGCAAAGCAAGAUGGCCUGAAUGCCUUGAAAUGUGCACUAUUUUCUUUUAGAAUCGUAUAAAGCUUAUUCUUUUACCUUACAAAGCAGUGGAUUUUGCUAUCUCAACAAUAAAUAUUUUAAUAUAGAUGUGAAUAUAGCACACACACAAAAAGUAUAAGUGGUGUUGACUUUGUGCCCACAUGUUGGGGCGUUUAUAGAUGAAACUUUUACUGUAUGAACUGUUUUUACCCUGAUCCUCAGGGCCUGCUUGCUCUCUCUCCCUGUGGUCUUAUUUUUGUCUUCAUGCAGUACUGCAGCCAUGCUGGUAAAGUUUUUAUCAAUGAUCCAACUUCACACACACUGUUUUAACACAUAAGAUUUAUUUUUAUUUCAUAUUGAAUAACAUCUACUUUCACAAGUGAUGCUUGAUAAUUGUGGAAUCAAAUUAUUUGACUUCUGCUGGUCACAGAAGGGAAGGGAAAAUCCUAAAUAUAACGAACUAAACCAAAGUCUAAAUGGAAUUUAUGUUUUUCUUUCUGGAUUUGAAAUUUGCUUACAGCUUAUUUCCUUUAAAUUUGCUCUGUAAGUCUAAAUCUUUUUAUUUUAAGGUCGAUGCAUUUUUUGUGAAAUGAGGUGACUUGAAUCCUGUUUCAAACUCGAGAUACAGUUUAGUAAAAUGUGAUGUUUUUGUUUUCCUUUGGCCAGUUCUUUCCACUAAAUGCAGCUAUCACUGUUUGACAAUUAUUUUACCAGACCACUUCUGCUUGCAAAAUCCAUUUUGCUAUCGUUCCUUAGGAUUAUUAUGAAAUGUUAGUAAGACUCCUGCCUUUAGUGAUAGAGGUUUGGUAGAGAAUUAGGGCAGUGAUGCUCGACUAUGGUUGCACAUAGCAUGUUUGGUCACAUCUUUAACCUCAAGUCAGAUAUUAUCCUCAUUACCAGUAAUUUAGCUUUGCUCUUCUGUUAUUAUUGUUUUAUUUUAAUGUCAGUAUUUUAAAUUAACAAAAAAAAGGUGUUUAUUUUGUUGCUUCUGCAAGUCCUUGACUUCCUUGAAAUUAUGUCUGUAGAACAAAAAGAAACUAUUUUAAAACUAAAUAAAUAGAGCGUUAUUUAAUGA